AUGACCAGCAGCCCUGACUUCUACUUGGCCGUUCAAUCCGAGAAUGAGAACCCCAACAUCGUGGACUACUGUUGCCAGUCUGUCAAGGAUUGCAUCUUGGAGGGUUGGAAAAAUGGCACCGGCGUUGCAGGCAAGUGGCAUCCGGCAUUCCGGAAGGAACCUCCAAUCGAGUCCUUGGAGCCAAUCCCAACACCGCCAGAGUUGAAAGUCUGCGUGCGGGAAAAGAACCAGUUGGUGAUCCCGCAGAACCUGCGUCAGCGAUGGUUGAAGUGCCCAGUUCGCAGCGUCUUGCUUGCAUUAGUUCACUGUUUUAUCUGUUUUUUUCUAGGGGGGAAUUCUUGUUCGGGACCAAGACCCGGACUGGCGUGA